UUUUGGAUCUCGUGUGUUUUUUUGGGGGGGGGAGAUCUUUGCGUGCCGUUGCUUGUUGAUCGGAGUGGUUCUGACUAGGCCUGCUGCGCGCGUGGUUGGUUUAGGGUUUGGGUUCGUUUUGGGUGUUCGGAAGAUGGACCCGAUGGAUAUAGUCGGCAAAUCGAAGGAGGAUGCUUCGCUCCCCAAAGCAACUAUGACGAAAAUCAUAAAGGAAAUGCUACCACCUGAUGUUCGUGUUGCACGAGAUGCUCAAGAUCUAUUAAUCGAGUGUUGUGUAGAGUUCAUAAACCUUGUGUCAUCUGAAUCGAAUGAAGUUUGUAAUCGAGAGGAGAAAAGAACGAUUGCUCCUGAGCAUGUACUCAAGGCAUUAGAGGUUCUCGGGUUUGGGGAGUACAUUGAAGAGGUAUAUGCAGCCUAUGAACAACACAAGCACGAGACAAUGGAUUCUCUUAAAGGUGGUAAAUGGAGUAAUGGAGCCGAGAUGACCGAAGAAGCACUACUGGCAGAACAGCAAAGGAUGUUUGCUGAGGCACGUGCCAGAAUGAAUGGUGGGGCCGCUGUCCCCAAACAAGCAGAUGUAGACUCUAAUGCAGAGAGCUAAUUUUAGGACCUUGAUUUCCUUAAACCAUAGGCAAGCAUCUCUAACUCUUCUAUAAGUGCUUCUGAUCUCCUCUUAUUUUGUACAGAGCCAGUUGGGAGGUAGUCUGGCUUUUGUUGAUAUCAUUAUACAUUUCGAGCUUGUAUUUUAUGUAUGGAUGUUUUCCUAAUGUAAUUAGCGAGGGCUCUUACCAUGCUCCAA